AUGUUCGCGGUCUGCGUCUCGCUUCUCCUCGUCUGGCUCGCGACCGCGGAACCGUCGUCGUUCAGCGAUCGUGGGGGCGUCGAGGCACGGCACCGGCGCGGGGCAAGACGGUGGACUCUCUCGGUUGGGAGGGUCCCCGAUACGGACGGCCCGAUCGCGAUUGAGAAGAAGGUGCUGGUGGACGCUGACGAUGGGCCCUCCCCAGCACCCAUGGGAGGAGGAGGGUCCAAGUUGGACGAACCCGUCGUCGGAUCGACAAAAAAGACUGCCGAUGCAGACGAAGCGUCGUUCGAGCGCGGGUGCGGGGACGUUUCGAAGAUGUUCAAGGACGUCGCGGCGCGGUAUGACACCAUGAAGGACACCGGCGUGCUGGUGGUGGACUGGAGCGAGAACCACUUCAACGGCAUCGGCGACGAGAUGCAGCACUACCAGGAGUUGCUCGCCAUCGCCGUCGGCACGGGCCGCGCGCCGUUCCUUCGCACGCAACGGCGAGAGUGCGAGGGUACGGGCCUGGCGGGCGCGAGGGAGCCGUCGAGUUUGAAGCACCUCGCGACCAAGUGCCACUUCGACCUCGGAGACUUCUUCACGGGAGCGCACGGCGUGGACUGGAAGUGGGACGACGCCAAGGAACUCAAGGUGCGGGACGCGUUGGGCGCCGAUGACGCGAAGGAGCUCGUCGUCACCUGGUCAAUACACGGGAUGUUCUUCGGGCACGACGAUAAAGACGAGCACCCGACGGGCGAGUACGCGGCCGCCCCGGACGUGAACCUGGUGAAGGUGAUGAUGGAGCACCCGAAGUUCCGCGAGCACAAGCUCGUGCGGCUGAGGAUCAGGACAAACUUCGGGCACUGGUGCCACCCGAAGGAAUUGCAGAGGGGCUCCUGGGGGGUGUGUGAGUCCUACCGGUACGUCGUCGGGAUAGAGGAAUACAAGGAUAGGGCGGAUGAAAGCCCGUGUCCGGGUUGCGCGGUGGGCGGGUGCUUCGGCAGGGCGAUGUUGCAGCCGCGCGAGGCGCUGAGGCGGAAACUGGCUCCCUACGUCCAGAAGAUGGAGGACGAGGGGUGGGCCGCCACGGUUGCGUUUCACAUCCGCACCGGGUUUGCGGACAUGUCGCAGGUGGUUCCCCCGGAGUCGCCUCGCGCGGACAACGCGACACUGGACACUCUCGACGCUUUCCUCGCGUCGGAGGCGAAGCGGGUCAAAUACCCGCCGCCGGUCUGCCCGGACAAGGACUUUGGCGCCGCGACUUACUUUGAGCGCACCGACGGUCCCCUCCGAACGUUCCUCAAGUGCGUGAUAUCCACGGCGAAGAACCUGGCGGCUAAAGCCGGGGACCGCAAUAAAUGGGGCACGUUCAUGCUCACCGACUCCCCCGCGGUUCGAGCCGCGGUUGAGCGCGAGUUCGUCGAGCUGGACGGGCGGGUCGUCGUCACCGACGGCGCGUACGGCAACGUGAAAUUCGCCAACAGCGGCGUGUGCGUUCAACACGGCGCAAAACAAAGCGGUUCGUGCGACGCGUCGGACCCGAGGCCCGCGUGGGAGAGGAGCAUGAUGGACCUGUACCUCGUGGGUCGCGUCGACGCGGUGCUGAUGCUGUACCAGUCGAAGUUUUCCGUCGCCGCCAUGAUGCGAGGGGCGGUGAGGUACGGGCAGCGCGAGCUGUAUCAAAACACCCGCAUCACGCACUCGCUGGUGGAUCCCCUCGUGAACGAGAUGAAGAACGGGGGAUGGAGCAGGGCCAACGAGGAGAGGAAGAGGAUGUGGACCAAGCUGUGGGACCUGUUCGGUCCGGAGGGAAGCAGAGAGGGGUUGCGCACAUCCUCGUAUGCCAGCCAGUAG